GGCGCGGAGGGGGCGCCGGAAGCGGUUCCGUAGCGGUUCGCGAAGUACUGCGGUGGUGGGGGUUCACCGGCACCAUGGUGGAGGAAGUCCAAAAACAUUCUGUGCACACACUUGUGUUCAGAUCUUUGAAGAGAACCCAUGAUAUGUUUGUAUCUGAUAAUGCUAAGCCUAUCCCUUUAGAUGAAGAAAGUCACAAAGUAAAGAUGGCAGUCAAGCUGCGUACAGAGUAUGGCUCAGUGUUACAUAUGCCUACUCUGAAAGAAAAUUUGAGAGAGAAAGGAGGCCCAAACACUGGAGAUCCUUAUGGACACAAACAAUAUUCUGGAAAUCAAGGACCAGAGCUUGAGUAUAUGAUAACUGGUACACAUCCAUACCCACCUGGUCCUGGUGUGGCUCUGACAGCAGAUACUAAGGUCCAGAGGAUGCCCAGUGAAUCUGCAGCGCAGUCCUUAGCCGUAGCACUUCCUCCUUCUCAGUCCAGGCUGGAUGCAAAUCGGACAGCUGCUGGCGUAGGUGACAUUUACAGGCAUGCUGGAAUAUCUGAGCGUUCUCAGCCUCCUGGGAUGACUGUGGCUAUGGUGGAAGCUGGUGGAAACAAAAAUUCUGCAUUAAUGGCAAAGAAGGCUCCAACCAUGCCCAAACCUCAGUGGCAUCCACCUUGGAAACUGUACAGAGUUAUCAGUGGUCAUCUGGGCUGGGUGAGAUGUAUUGCAGUAGAACCAGGAAAUCAGUGGUUUGUUACUGGUUCUGCUGACAGAACCAUAAAGAUUUGGGACCUUGCUAGUGGCAAAUUGAAAUUGUCUUUGACGGGACACAUCAGUACUGUCCGAGGAGUGAUAGUAAGUGCAAGAAGUCCAUACCUUUUUUCUUGUGGAGAAGACAAACAAGUGAAAUGCUGGGAUCUUGAAUACAAUAAGGUUAUCAGACAUUACCAUGGUCAUCUAAGUGCUGUCUAUGGUUUAGAUUUGCAUCCAACAAUAGAUGUACUGGUAACAUGUAGCAGAGACUCAACAGCGCGAAUUUGGGAUGUAAGGACAAAAGCCAGUGUACACACCCUGUCAGGACACACAAAUGCUGUGGCGACAGUGAAGUGCCAAGCUGCAGAACCACAGAUUAUUACAGGCAGUCAUGAUACUACCAUACGGCUCUGGGAUUUAGUGGCAGGAAAAACUCGUGUUACUUUAACAAAUCACAAGAAAUCUGUAAGAGCAGUAGUGCUGCAUCCAAGACAUUACACAUUUGCAUCUGGUUCUCCAGAUAAUAUUAAGCAGUGGAAAUUCCCAGAUGGAAACUUCAUUCAGAACCUCUCUGGCCACAAUGCUAUCAUCAACACACUGGCUGUAAAUUCUGAUGGUGUUCUGGUCUCAGGAGCUGAUAAUGGUACUAUGCAUCUUUGGGACUGGAGAACUGGUUACAAUUUCCAGAGGGUACAUGCAGCUGUACAGCCAGGCUCUUUGGACAGUGAAUCUGGAAUAUUUGCUUGCGUUUUUGACCAGUCAGAAAGCAGAUUGCUAACUGCUGAAGCUGAUAAAACCAUAAAAGUGUACAAAGAAGAUGAUACUGCGACUGAAGAAACUCAUCCUGUCAGCUGGAAACCAGAAAUUAUCAAGAGAAAGCGAUUUUAGAGUGACAACAUACUUAUGCCAUCAUUUUGUUUUGUCUUUCCUGAGAGCAUUCAGUCAUAUUUUGUUCUGCCCCGAACAGCAGAGCCGGGAGUCAGCUAAGUCAUUGCUAUUUCAACAUGUUUUACAAUAAAUUUUAUUCUCUCUCCUUCUGUCUUUUUUUUUGGUGUGAUCCCAGCAAACCAGUUGCAGCUGUUAACUUUCUAUUUCUGGAGCAUGUAUAGUUCAUGAAAAGGGUAGUUGUGCAGGUGGUUACUUUUUCAUAUUAAUCUAAAUGUGUAAGUCUAAAAAUAUUUUGAUGAGCCUGGUUUUCUGAAAGACCCUUGCUUGAUUCCAAAAGUUAAUUGCAAAUGUAUGCAUAGGAACCCAUCUACUGGGAAUUUGAGUGACGCUUUUAAAUUUUAGACCAGUAUUGUUUACUAUACAUCUGUAACAGUAUACAGUAGUGGAACAGUAUAUAUACUAAAUUAUAGAGUAAUAAAGAAAGGAGGAGGACAAUAUAAUAAUAAUGAAGUUUGCUUUAUAAAUGCAGCCACUGAACACUGGCAGUGCUGAGUGAUUGAAUGAAAUGGAUCUUCAACGUGUUUGUUUCCCUAGGAAGGCUUUUGUGUGCAACCACUUAUUUCACUUCAGAGUGGACCUUAUGUAGCAAGGACCACUGUCAAAUCAUAUUGCUCACAAUCACUACAGGUUUAGGACCAAUUGACUUGCUUUGUAAAUCAUCUGUUUAUUUUCUCCAGUUAUGCAAAUCAUAUAUGAAAUCGGAGUACAGCAAACUUUUAAAACUGAGCUCUGAGAGGAAAAGUUCUUAAGCCAUUCCAGCCUUAAUUUUAUGUGUUGCUGUCUCCCCAUGAUCUUAUGAAGGAAUUUUAAAUAAAUUUUUAAAAUUAGUGAAAGAUAAGUAGUACUCCUGAAGGGAUAAAAUUUUCAUUAUACUUAAUGGUCACAUAACAAGCAGUAAACAUGUAAACCUCCUUGCUACAGCUUAUCUGUGAUGUCUGUGCUGCUCUAAAGCACUUUCUCUUCAGGAAGGGAGAAAAGAAUCAAGUCAUGAAGCCAUUCAGUUUUUGGACACUUUGCUAGCAACAUUAAUAGCUGUAGUGGCAAGUUUCAUGCUGGGUUCUGUGGCCACAGCAUCAACAGCAAGCAGUUCACAAAAAUUAUCUCUUUUCUCUGCCACUCUGACUUCUUUCAAAUUUGGGAUUUAUGUUUUGAGAUAUGACAGUUACUUGCAAUGUAACUUACAGAAAGCUAUUGAAACUAAGCAUUGUUUAUGUUAUUUUUGUCUUGCCUUAUAUCCAUACUGCAUAAAUAACUGAAUUUUGGUUGACAAAUAUUGUCCGAAACAUCUUCAUAAAAAAGGAAGAUAAGUAUUUCAUAUUUACAAAUUGGAUUGAAUAAUAUUUUACUUGGAUGAUAAUUAGUUUUUCUAGAUCUUUGUUACAUAUGUUUUCAUCUUAACUAGCAUAAUGGGGAAAAAUACAGGUUGUGGCUUAUGCAAAUUUUAGAUUGCUGCUAAUGCUUCACUCCAAAAAUCGCUGAAUUUUUGGUGUUACACAGAAAUUUCUUUCUCACAGUGAAAUCCUCCGUAGGAAACCAGAACGGAGAAGAAUCAUUUACUUGAAAAGGAGUAGGAUUGUUGUGGGGUGGGUUUUUUUGGUUUCUGUUUUUUUUAGAAAUGCUUGUUUCUUUUAAUAAUUUGGAAUCAGGAAGAGAAAAUAAGAGGCUUUGGCUCAAAGUUCUAGCGCAUCUUCUCUGUAAUGGCACUUUCUUGUGAAAACUGCAGUUAUUCCAGUUAUUCCACUGUGUAUUGCUUUGAAGAGAGAUAAAAAAAUUUUGCUGUAGAACCUAUUUCUUCUCUGGACUUCUGCAGGAAUCUGCUAGCACUGAGGCAGUGGUUGCCAGGGCAUUCAUUUUGUGCCCUGGGUAAAGACUUGGUUUGCAAAUUAAAGCCUACACACUAUUAUUUGGAAUAAUACUUCUCCUUUUUGACUCUAUGAAAUGCUGUCCUGGUUCUAAGUGUGGUUUAUUUUUUUUUUUAGUUGUAUUCUUUAAUAUAUGAUUUGCAUGUUUCCUUCCCAGCAGGUUAUCCUUCUGCUUGACAGUAAUGUGAAUAUCAUCACUUAUACUUCUAUAAGUAUUGUGACACAUCAAAAUUAUCAAAUUUCAUUUAAGUGUUUCUGUAGUGCCAAGUAAUCCUAGGUAAUGAGUUGAUACAUGUAUAUUUGGUCAUGUAGGAUACACGCUGAGAUUACAUUUGUCUGUAUAAGUCAUAAAGUGAAGCAAAAAAGGAGGAUCCGGUCCAUUGAGUGUCUUUUCCUUGCAUUGGGAAAGUGUCUCACUGCAAUGUCAAUUAAAGUGAUCUUGAGUGGGAGUCUAA